AUGGCAUCGAACAUUGCUGUUAAUCCAACAGAACAACCACGAGAACUUUGCCGAUAUGAUCAUGUUCGACCAAAACCGCAAACAUCUAUAACGUUGCAACCUGUUUCUUUACGAAUUACUCCUCCUGUACAACAGAAUAUUAUUAAUAAUCAAUCACGACCUAUCAAUACUGAAGUACCAAUGAGCUAUGCAAGUGUUUGUCGUGGUAAUAACGAUAUGAUUGAUCCGUCCAAUAUGACUCAACAAUUAUCUCCAUCGGCAUCUUCUUUUUCACUUCAAUCAUUAUGUCCAUAUGCUGAAAAAGAUGGUAUAUGCGAAGCACUAGAAACAGGACGAUAUUGUCCUUAUGUUCAUGGUGAUUUAUGUGAUCUGUGUGAAAUGCCAGCAUUACAUCCAACAAAUGAAAAACAGCGAGAACAACAUCGAUUAGAAUGUUUAAAAAAACAUGAAGCUGAAUGUGAAGAAGCAUUUGCUAUACAACGUAGUGAAGAUAAAAAAUGUGGUGUUUGCCUUGAAACAGUAUGGGAUAGAGAUGGUGAUAAACGUUUUGGUAUAUUAGAAAAUUGUGAUCAUAUUUUUUGUUUGGACUGCAUAAGAAAAUGGCGUGCAUCAUCAAAUUAUGAACAUAAAGUUGUUAAAGCUUGUCCAGAAUGCCGAGUUAAAUCAGAUUUUAUAACACCAACAAAAUAUUGGCCAGAGAAUGAACAAGCGAAACAUGAAUUAAUCAAAGCUUAUAAGGAAAAUCUUCAGCAAAUUCAUUGUAAAUUUUUCAAACGUGGUGAUGGUUUAUGUCCAUUUGGUUCCAAAUGUUUCUAUUUACAUGUUGACAAACAUGGUCAACCUGUUCGAUUGGGUCCACCACGUCGUCGUCAACGUAUUAAUGCACAUGGAGAAUUAGAAAAUUUUUCCGAUGUUUUUAUGUUAAGUGUCUUUUCUAAUGAAGAUAUUGGACGAUUCUUUGAUGAAUACGAUUUUCUAUUUGAUGACGAUGAUGAUGAGUCUCAUGGUUCAUAUUUGACUGAUGAAGAUGAUUUUCGUUUGGUUGAUGAACAUGACAUAUCUGAUAAUGAUGACGAUGAUGAAGAUACAACUCAUGUAUGGCAUUAA